CAUGCUCUCGCUGGGCAACCUCUGGUGCCUGCUGCAGGCGCUUUGCCUCGAGCCCGGGAAGUUCGCCCCGUCCGCCUUCACCAUGGCGAUGGUGGCCGCGGUGGCACCCUUCCUCUCGGAUGCCUUUGACACUUUCAAGGACAUCCAAUUCGGAGGGCUCUGCCUUCAGGCGGAGCACCGCAUCGUGAGGCUGGUGGGGGUGGCAAGCAUCGCCUACCUAGCGGUGCUGAACUUCCGGAUCCUCCAAGACACGGUGGGCGCAGCAGAGCUCGCGGAGACCUACCUUGGCGUCACAUUUGCCUCGGUUGAGCACGAGGCGGCAGCUGCGGGCCUCCUCGCUUUCCCCGAGUACCCGGGAAAGGCCGUCCAGCUCCUGUACAAACAGACAACCAAGGAGAAGCAGCGCUCCCUCCUCUUCGAGAGCCUGCCCCAAGGCGCCGCCGCCGUCGUCUUCAUGAUCUUCGAGGGCGGAAGCCAGUUGGUCCUUGCCUCGGCUGUGCUCAUGCCGCUGCUGCAGCUGCUCUUCGCCUGGAGUGCGCGACGCUGCCUCAGCAAGAUGGUGCUGCCGUGGAUCGUGGAGGAGCUGUUCUUCGCCGCGAGCAAGGGGAACGCCAGCAAGGUGCAGCGCUUCUUGAAGCCCCUUAUGGAGGAGGGCGGAUGGCUCCUCGCCUUCGCGUUGAAGGACCAUGGCCUCCGAGACCCCACGGUGAGACGUGUGCAGGCGACCAGGGAAAGCCUUCCCCUGCUCCACGCCGCCAUGGAGCUCCUCGACGGCAACGCCGAAAACCUGUUCCUGCACAGAUUCAGCUGCGGGAGGUCACUUGGGGAGCACGGCUUCGUCUACUUCCUCGACGUUCUGAGGGGCCACGCAGGGCGCCUGGAGUUACUGAGGCUGGAUGACAACAGUCUGGGCGAUGACAACGCCAAGGCCUUGGCGGAGGCCUUGAAGGCCAACACCGCGUUGCAGAGGAUCAAACUGAGCAAAAACCAUAUCGGCGACGAGGGCGCCAAGGCCUUGGCGGAGGCCUUGAAGGCCAACACCGCGUUGCAGAGGAUCGAACUGAGCCUCAACGAUAUCGGCGACGAGGGCGCCAAGGCCUUGGCGGAGGCCUUGAAGGCCAACACCGCGUUGCAGAGGAUCGAACUGAGCGAAAACCAUAUCGGCGCCGAGGGCGCCAAGGCCUUGGCGGAGGCCUUGAAGGCCAACACCGCGUUGCAGAGGAUCGAACUGAGCCUCAACGAUAUCGGCGCCGAGGGCGCCAAGGCCUUGGCGGAGGCCUUGAAGGCCAACACCGCGUUGAAAGAGAUCGAACUGAGCGCCAACCAUAUCGGCGCCGAGGGCGCCAAGGCCUUGGCGGAGGCCUUGAAGGCCAACACCGCGUUGAAAGAGAUCGAACUGGGGGUCAACCAUAUCGGCGACGAGGGCGCCAAGGCCUUGGCGGAGGCCUUGAAGGCCAACCCCACGUUGCAGAGGAUCGACCUGUGCUCCAACCAUAUCGGCGCCGAGGGCGCCAAGGCCUUGGCGGAGGCCUUGAAGGCCAACACCGCGUUGCAGAGGAUCGAACUGAGCCUCAACGAUAUCGGCGACGAGGGCGCCAAGGCCUUGGCGGAGGUCUUGAAGGCCAACACCGCGUUGAAAAAGAUCGACCUGUGCUCCAACCAUAUCGGCGCCGAGGGCGCCAAGGCCUUGGCGGAGGCCUCGAAGGCCAACACCGCGUUGAAAGAGAUCAACCUGCGACGCAACAGUAUCCCUUUCGAAGAUGUCAAGGCCUUCGAGCGAGAUGGCCUACGGUUGUAGGGGAAUUCAGCCAAAGAGGGCAAUUCAGCUUAUUUUAGCAGCCACGGGUUUGCCAGCCUUCGCCUGGCGUCUGAUACUGGCCACUCAGUGUCUCAGCAUGUCUCCGGGCGCUUGGGCGAGGAGACAC